CUAACAAAUCGUCCCAAAGAUGAGUAAGGACACCGAGAUGGAUAUGAAAGCUGAAGAGUUGAACGAGUUUGACCAGGGAGAACUACGGAUGACCGGCGACGGACCGGGGGCUGAGAGGAACCGGUCGAGCGUGAAGCUGGAGGUCCUAGAUGAGGCUGUCAAGUUUACCCGUCUGUCGAAGGAAGAGCUCAUGAAAGUUGCUGGCACACCAGGGUGGAUGAGGACUCGCUGGGUUCUCCUGAUUCUGUUCUGCUGUGUGGGGAUACUGGCUGAAGCCAUAGUGAUCAUCGUCCCCCAGGUGUAAACCCAUACCUGAGAUGAACUGGUGGAACCAGGGUCCUCAAAGGUGUAGUGGAUGUACUACACAGACUGAACCAGUUGAAAGUGAAGGGCCUGGCUCUGGGGCCUCUUCAUACUGUCCAGCAGGACCGGGUAGACACACUAAACCUGGUCUCCAUGGACCCCGGGGUAGGAACUGACCAGGACCUGCUGGCUCUGCUGGACAAGGCCCACAAGAAGGAACACGACCAGAGACUACCCCAUGGCCGACCGAACGUCCCUCCAACCUCCUACCCCCCAGCCUUACCAGGAACCAUAUCUUCAGCAUGACCUCCACCACCGCCCCGGCCUGGGCCACAUAUCCUGGCACCACCCCUUGGAGCCCCAGACUCCCCUGGAGCAAUACAGGACCACUCUCCCUAAUUCAAGCCUCUAUUCUGGGGGGAGCAACGAGAGGUACAAGGGUGUGAGUGGUGGUGGUUAUGUAGACAUUCAUGGACAUAGCAGAGGUGAUAACUGUAGUGAUGUUGAUGGUAGAGAUGGUUGUUUUGGAGCGCAGAAAGCUAGCUACUGUAAUAGUGGGGUUUUGGAUGACAGUGUAGGUCAAGGGGAACAUUUCGGCAACCAUUUUGAAGGUCAGAGCCUUGGCUAUGCUAGCCAAAGGGAUGACGGCUGCGAUGGGGAUGACAGCAGCGCCAGCGGUAGUGGUGGUGAUAUGUACCACAGAACGGAUGAGGGCUGUAACAGGGAUGACGUCUUUCACAGAACAGAUGAAGGCUGUAAGAGCAGUAGGGAUGAUGUCUUCUACAGUAACAGUAGAGAUGACGGGUGUGAGGAUAAAACGGAUGAGGGGUCGAACACUAGGGAUGAGGCCUUUCACAGAACGGAUGAUAUCAGGAAUGACGUCUUUCCGGGAACGGAUGAGGGCUGUAACAGGGAUGACGUGUUCUACAGAACGGAUGAGGGCUGUAGUAACAGGGAUGAUGUGCUCUACAGUAGAGAGUAUGUGUGUGAGGAGAGGGGAGAUAGUAGUGAUGGUUAUAGAGAUAGCGGUGGUGAUGGUGGCAGUAAUACAACUGAUUAUCUCUAUAAUCGUACUGCUAGCUUUGGCUAUAGUGUGGAUAAUACAGGAAUGGAUAAUACAGGAAUGGAUAAUACAGGAAUGAUGAAUAGUUUGAGAAGGGUUGAUGAUUUUGGAGGAGACUGUGAUGAUUUCGGGGGUAGAAGGUCGAACUUGGAUCCUCUAGAGGCCCAUUUAAAGCCUGGGUCUUGGGUGAGUCCUACUCCCCCAAUUCGUGGUGCUGUGGCUGGGGAGGGAAGGGAGAGGGGUGCGGGGUAUCCCCAGGACUGGGCCUUUCUAUACUCCCAUUCCCAGGCAGCAGGUGGUGCUGGUGGUAGGGUUUACCAGCAGAAACUGGACUCCUUCUCCGAGGCAUUCUCCUUCAGACGCAACGUUGCCGGCAGCAGAAUUCUGAAUGGGAAUUCCGGUUGUGGGAUUUUGGGAUUGGGAGGAGGAAGCACAGAACGGAUCAAAACAAGUGCUUACGAUUCGCACACAGACUCUUCCACUCUUCCUUCACCUCCUACUCCUCCUCCUCCUUCGCCUCACCCCUUCCCCCUGGUCCUUAGUCCUCCUCCCACACCCCUCCCCCCUCAUUCCCUCUCCCCUCCUAAACUCACCCCACCACCCUCUGUCAGGACAGUUGGACUCACCCAGGCCUCAGGGAGGGGUUGUAGUGGAACAGUCCAGUUUUACCCCUCCUCUCUCCAGUCACUCCACUCCUCCCACCCCUCGGCCGUCGUGUGGAAGCUCCCGCUCUCUCAUUGGCUGCAGCAGUCAGGUGACGUGGGUGUCGUCGAGGGCAACCCCUCAAGCUCCGGCUACGUAUACUGCCAGGAGGCGGUGUUUCCUGGGAGACCGGGUCACCAGGACAACGGGAAUAAUACAGAUCACUAUAGUCUUCAAACUCUGGUAGAAUCCUCCUUUACCUCCACCCCAGCCCUUCACUCCUCCCUCCACCCCUCCUCUCUUCCAUCCCAGCCCCCCAGUGGACUCCCACAGAAUGGAACAGCACCCCUAGUGGUGCAUAAAGGUACUCCCUUCCCUAGUCUGCUCCAGUCUAGUAGAGGAGGAGGGCAGAAGGGGGUGGAGCGGUUAGGGAGAGGGCUCCACUACACCCCUCUACCUAUGCUGAACCCCAGACGCAGAGGAACGGGGAUCCUCUCCUCCCUCAUGCCCCCUUCAGUCAGGGAACGAGGGAUGGGAGGGUUGACUGAAGAGGAGGAGGGAUAUUCUAUACCUCCGUGUAUCAACGUGGGUCCAGGGUUCCAGGCUGAGCUGCCAUGUUGUCUAGAGAGGGAGGAAGAGUCCAGGACAUGGCCAGAGGAAUCAGCAUCCAAUGAGGAGUUGCUCUGGAAACCGUGGGAGGAGCUUGGGAAGAGUUCUGUCAUCCAGGACCAAGUGGCGGCAAUGUUGUCUGUGUGUAGUUCUAGCUGUCUACCAGGAGGGGGGAGCAACACAGAGCUGGCCCUACACUGUCUCUACGUCUGUCACGGAGAUACACUGGCCACACUGGAGAAGUUGCUCUUCUCUACUCCAUCAUCAGCAAGAGACUACCAUUAUGCUGGUAGUGAUGUGUGGCUGCAGACUGAGAGGUCUCUGUUCAGUAAAGCGUUGACAAGCCAUGGAAAAGACUUCCCUCUCAUCCAGCAGAUGGUGAAGACGAAGUGUGUGUCUCAGUGUGUUGAGUUCUACUAUCUUUCCAAGAGACUUCCUGACAAACAGAGAAAACAGCAGGAACAGAUGAGUGUGGUGUUUCUCCCUAAACCGAUGGAAGUAGUGGUUCCAGCCCCCUCAUUGGCUACCAGCUUCCCCUGUAAGCAGUGUGGAAAGAUGUUCUACAAGAUAAAGAGUCGUAAUGCCCAUAUGAAGAUCCAUCGGCAGCAGCAGGACGACUGGAGACACCCAGGCCUCAGCCUCAACCCAGCCCAGAACCUCACUUCCAACCUGGGCACCAAUCUACCCCAUUGCCAGGCUUCAGGUCGGGCCUUUCUCCCAGGCCCCAUCAACAACAACAGCAUUCACCAUAUUGGUGGUGCUCACACCAUCAUCAGCGACAUCAGCGUUCCGAACACCAAUACCGUAACCAAUAGCAACAGUGUCACUGUCAAUGACUCCACCUCUAAUCAGAGGGGACCCGCUCCCCUCCUCUCUCUCCACCACUCGUGGGACUCGUUUCAGGUGAACUCUGACCCUGCGGCGGUAUUCUUCUGUGACCCGGAAGUGAAAGCUGUGCUCGGAGUCAUGGGGGGAGGGGUGAAAGGUCAAAUCUUGUGGAAUUAGCAUCGGAGAUAUUGUAUAUAAUGAUGAGAUGGUCUUGUCUCAGCCCUAACAAUGGGAGUCAUUGUCGAGAAGACAGAAAGGCAGGCAAGAGGAGGCGAGAUGAGAUGGGAAUAUUCUAGCCAAUGAGAAGGCAGAUACGAUCAGGUGGGAAUAUUCUAGCCAAUGAGAGGACAGAUACAACUGUGAACAAUAGACACAACUCCAAUAUAAACGUUUUUCUUAAAGUUGCCGAGAUGUCUCGUGCAUCCACUUUUAUAUCAGUACCUUCGUAACAACCUAAACAUUACGGAACUUCUAUUCGAUCAAAUAAGCCUUACUUAACAAAUUAACAACACUAUCUCAUAAACCUUGAUACAAAAAAAAUCCCCAUUUUGGUCUGCUUAUCGCUAUAUUCUCUCUGUCAGAUUUUGACGGGAGUGGAGCCUCUCACUUAGCCUCUUCCUCUCUGGUAGUAUUCUAGAAUCAGAACAGACAGAAAUAAUUCACUUCCUCUCUGCUAGUAUUCUAGAAUCAGAACAGACAGACAUAAUUCACUUCCUCUCUGGUAGUAUUCUAGAAUCAGAACAGACAGACAUAAUUCACUUCCUCUCUGGUAGUAUUCUAGAAUCAGAACAGACAGACAUAAUUCACUUCCUCUCUGGUAGUAUUCUAGAAUCAGAACAGACAGACAUAAUUCACUUCCUCUCUGGUAGUAUUCUAGAAUCAGAACAGACAGACGACAGACAUAAUUCACUUCCUUUAUGUACUGCUUGGUUUUGGUACGGUCAAAGACGUAAUAAAGAGUUUUUGUACAUUUGUACAGUUUUUGUAUUUGUAUUUAAAUACUUUGAGUUGCUUUGCGUUUCAUAAAAAAAUACAUAAAAAAUAAUAAUAUAUA